CAGACACAUACGGGGGUCUGCAUGGCCCGCUGAGGUGAAGCCGGGGCCAUGUUGGAGGCAUCACUGGACAGGAACUUCUCCCACAGCACCUUCUUGUUCAGAGGUUUUCCUGAGCUGCACAAACACCGACGGCUGCUGGCGCUGCCGUUCUCCACGUCCUACCUGACGGCGCUGCUGGGAAACUCUCUGCUGGUGUACGUGAUCCAAAGCGUGGAGAGUCUGCACAGCCCCAUGUACCUCCUCAUCUACACGCUCUGUGUCGUUGACAUCCUUGUGGUGACUGCCAUCAUCCCCAACAUGCUCCUCGGCCUCCUCUUCGACUGGGACGAGAUCUCACUGGGUGGCUGCUUGACUCAGAUGUUCUUCACUCACUUCCUGUCCUCGUUGGAGUCAACAUUGCUGCUGGCGAUGGCGCUGGACCGCUAUGUCGCCAUCUGCCAGCCGCUGCGCUAUGCCAAAAUCAUCAACUCCUCCAUGUUCGUGAAGCUGCUGCUCUUCACUCUGAUCCGCAGCGGCUCCAUCAUGGCGACGCUGGUCGGUUUGGCGAGUUCGCUGCACUUUUGUGGCUCGAACACGAUCCAACACUGCUACUGUGACCACAUGGCGCUGGUCAGCCUGGCAUGUGGCAACACGGAGAAAAACAGCACAGCAGGCCUCGCUGUGAUUGUCUGUUUUGUGGGCGUGGACAUACCGCUCAUCUUCUUCUCCUACAUGAAGAUCUUGAGCGUUGUCUUGCGAGCGGCGGCAGCUGGUGAGGACCGCUGGAAGGCGUUUCACACCUGUGGCACUCACCUGAUCGUCAUGAUGUGUUUCUACCUGGUGGGCAGCGUCACGUUCCUCUCUCACAACCUGAACAUCCCCAUCCCAACGGACGUCAACACCUUCAUGGGACUCAUGUACAUUCUGUUCCCGGCGACAGUUAACCCCAUCAUCUACGGUGUUCGGACUAAAGAAAUCCGAAAUGGCUUUUUACGGAUUUUUAAAGUGCGAGUGGAAAAAGUUUUGAUGGUGAAAGUUUCUCCGGCUGGAAAAAGACAAACGUGACAAAGUUCUUCUGCUUCAAAAAAACUUCCCCAAUUCUCCAGUCGACUGUUUGUGUCUCUGAGUCACAGAUUCUCUAACGUUCACCUGAACGUCUCCUUGUUUCAGAGAUUUUUGUCCAUUUCAUGAAAGAAAAUAAAUAACUGACUAAAUCUAAAUUAACACGUUUAGUCGCUGAAUUUAAAAACAUUUCAGUUCUUCGUUGCCUCAGAACUUAAAACUAUUUUGUGGUGAGUUUUUUAUUGUAAUAAUUUGAAGUUUAAGUUUACAGUCAGGUUAGAGUUAGAUCGCUCAGACCCAUUUUCUGUUCAUGUUUCAUACAUGUGUCAUAUAUGUUCAGCUUUCUUUGUAUUUUGACCGAUGUAAAAUUUCUUGUAUUUCUUGUAUGUACUCUGCCCACUGACACACACUGUGUUUGAA